AUGUCAUCCGUGGAUGUUGCAAAUCAGCGAUUUUCAUAUGCCAAUCUUGCAAAAGUGAGCAUGAAAUCAUCGUUUAUAAACCGAUUAUCUGCGCCACCAGCUAUUGGAUCUUUUGACCUUGAAGAUGCAAACAAAGUUGAUCGAUUAGUUUUGAAUAAAUUUAUAUUAUAUGAGACUAAGACGAAUUAUUAUAUGGUGGGAUCUAAUCAAAGUGAUAACAGAUUCCGGAUAUUAAAAAUCGAUCGAACGACACCUACAGAACUUACCGUGAUUGAGGAUGAUGUUAUCUAUUCUAAACAAGAAAUAACUGAUAUUCUGACAGUUCUUGAGGAAGGAAAUAGAGUCUCAGGAGGAUUAAACAAAGUCGUAAUGGCGUAUGGGAUUGUAGGAUUUAUUAAAUUUACUGAAGGAUACUACAUUUCAUUAAUUACAAAGAGAAGCGCUGUUGCCUUGAUAGGAGGUCAUUAUAUUUAUCAUAUUGAUGAAACAAUUCUUAGACCCAUUGGGCCACCAACGAGGCCUGAAAAGAAUUCAGAUGAAUACAGUUAUACAUAUGAUAUUACACACACGUUACAGCAUAAUAUGACACAUACACCAAAUCGUAAGAAUUUUUCGUACAACGAAAUGUUUGUUUGGAAUCAUUAUUUAUUAGAAACAGGAUUCAGAAUUUUAAAAAAUAAUUCGGAUUGGAUUCUUCCGAUUAUACACGGAUUCGUGGAUCAGUCAAAAAUAUCAAUUUUUGGACGAAAUAUUUUCGUAACUUUGAUUGCACGAAGGUCUCGUUAUUUUGCCGGGGCUCGUUUCUUAAAACGUGGUGUUAAUGAUCAGGGGUAUGUUGCCAAUGAUGUUGAAACAGAGCAAAUCGUAUCGGAAAUGAGCACAACUUCUUUUCAUCGAUCCGGUCUCUAUGAUAACCCGUAUUAUUCUUCCUAUGUUCAACAUCGUGGAUCGAUACCUUUAUUUUGGUCACAAGACGUAACAAAUAUGUCUCCAAAACCGCCAAUAGCCAUAAACUUUCGAGAUCCCUUCUUUGCUGCUGCGGCAUUGCAUUUUGAUAAUAUGUUUAAACGAUAUGGAGCGCCCAUAAUUGUCUUGAAUUUGAUUAAGACAAAGGAAAAAAAUCCUCGUGAGGGAAUUUUAGGAGAUGAAUUUUCAGAGACUAUGGCUUAUUUAAGUCAAUUCUUACCAGACAAAUGUCUAAAGUAUAUCGCAUGGGAUAUGUCAAAAGCCAGAAAGGGUGACGAUGAUGUUGUAGAUUUGAUGGAAGGUUUCGCCGAAGAAUAUUUGGCAGACACUGGAUUUUUCCAUAGUGGGCCAGAGGCAUGGAUAAAUCGGGAUCUGAAGGAGCUUUCGGUUAACAUCCAUUUUAAUUUUAGAAAUGGAAAGCCUCAAACACGAAGAAUGUUUCUUCGCCAAAGUGGGGUUGUUAGGACAAAUUGCAUUGAUUGUCUGGAUCGUACAAACGCCGCACAGCUAAUAAUUGGAAAAUGUGCUUUAGGACAUCAAUUAUAUGCCCUGGGAAUUAUCGAUGAGCCUCAAGUCCCAGUAGAUUCCGAUGUCGUGAACAUGUUAACAGAUAUGUACCAUGACCACGGUGAUACCAUUGCGUUGCAGUAUGGUGGAUCAAAUUUGGUUAAUACAAUUGAUUCAUAUCGUAAAAUAAAUCAAUGGACAAGUCACUCUAGAGAUUUGAUUGAGAAUCUAAGAAGAUAUUAUAACAAUGCAUUUGCUGAUGCUGAAAAGCAGGAUGCAAUGAAUCUUUUCCUUGGAAACUUUUUUCCACAGAAAGGACUUCCAAAUUUAUGGGAAUUACCAAAUGAUUAUUAUUUGCAUAAUGAGGAUCCACGUUUUAAAAGACCACCAAGAAGCUAUAUAAAUUGGUGGACAAAAGAUGUUCUUGAGCCAAAAGAUGAGCAAGCCGAUAUCACAAAAUAUCAACCUGUCUCACGAUUAGAUCAUCAAUUUGAUGACGAGACAGACCCAUAUUCCGGAUAUUGGAUCGAAUAUUAUCGUCCACGAUUGUUUACUUCAUUUGAAAAACUAUUCGCAUACAACAUGAAUAGCACAACGAAAUAUAUACCUGCAAUUGCUGAGCUUGGAGCUUAUGAUUAUAGCCCAUUUACGGUUCGUGUAACCCAACAGGCCACGAGAUUAAUGAAUAUCGGAGGUGUUAAAAAAUGGCUUGCUUUACCGAAUACCAAGCCAAAAGAUAUCGAAGAAAAAGAGAAAGAUCAAGGAAUGACGAGUAUAGGAAUAGGAAAGGAUAAUCCGUCAUCGAUGGAAUCGACGGUAUCAAAAAAGGAUCAUCCAUCAUCUAUUAUGGAAUCAAUGGUAUCAAAAAGUUUAAACCCAAACGUAUCGUCAAAUGAGGCCAAAGAAUACAUACAAUAUAUAAAUCAAAAUAAGAAUGUGACUUUAACAUCAACACCAAAUGGAGACAAAGAUCCUUCAUUAACAAGUAAUUCGGAAUAUCCUCAUUAUGCAAAUUUUUGUCAUCGUGCCAACCUUUCAAAUCCAAUAACCGAUUUGAAAGUAGAUUCAGUAGAUGAAAAAGUAUAUGGUGAUUAUCUUGAAAUUCCUAGAAAAUAUGCUAUAUUACAGGCGGUUGGUUCAAGUCAAUAUGUUAGUAGUGGUGCAGCUAAAGGGAGAUAUCAAGCUUAUGAAGGUUGGGUAAAGACUGGUAAAUUAGUUGGAAAUUAUAACGUCGUUAAUAAUAGAAAUAAAAGUGGUGAAAAGAGUGUAAAGAAAGAAUCUUAUAAGGAUAAGAUGAAUACAAUUAAGGAAUAA